AUGCCCAACCGCACAGCCUCGUGGCUGCGCUGGAUCCUCGGAAUGGGCGAGCGUCGAAAGUUAGGAGAUGUCGCUCUGGACAUUGUCCUGUUUGCUGGCAUGAUGACCGCUGGUCUCUACGUUGCUCGCACGUUUUUGAAUCCGAUCCUGAGCAACCUGGUAGACCCCGAUAAAGAGAAGCACGAACAGGCGAAGCGUCAAGCGAAAGCCCAUCUCGACCGCCUAAGCUCGCGAGUCGAAGAGCUGGUUUUGAAUGAGUAUGAGAACCUAAUAGCGCUGGAAAUGGUCGCGCCCGAUGAUAUACACGUCGGCUUUGAUGACAUUGGCGGCCUGGAUAUGAUUAUCGAAGAACUGAAAGAAUCCGUCAUAUAUCCAUUGACGAUGCCACAUCUCUAUCAGCACGCCGCUUCGCUAUUAUCUGCACCGUCUGGAGUUCUGCUUUAUGGCCCACCUGGCUGUGGCAAGACGAUGCUGGCGAAGGCUUUGGCCAAGGAGAGCGGCGCGUCCUUCAUUAACCUCCAUAUUUCAACACUCACCGAGAAGUGGUAUGGCGACUCCAACAAGAUCGUUCGAGCCGUCUUCUCCUUGGCUCGCAAGAUGCAACCCGCCAUUGUGUUCAUCGAUGAAAUAGAUGCCGUUCUGGGCACGCGAAGGAGCGGCGAACAUGAGGCUAGCGGUAUGGUCAAAGCCGAGUUCAUGACUUUGUGGGAUGGAUUGACAUCGAGCAAUUCUUCCGGUAUUCCAGCACAGAUUGUCGUACUUGGUGCCACUAAUCGUAUGCACGAUAUUGACGAAGCCAUUCUCCGACGAAUGCCCAAGAAGUUUCCCAUCACGCUACCGAAUCUGGAACAAAGGCGCCGAAUCUUGCAGCUGAUUCUCAAGGACGCCAAGUUGGAUACCGACAACUUUGACUUGGAUCACGUGUCUAAAAUCACUGCCGGUAUGUCGGGAAGCGACAUCAAAGAGGCCUGCCGCGAUGCUGCCAUGGCGCCCGUGCGUGAAUACAUGCGACAACACGGCCGCGAUGGCCCCUCCAAGAGACCAGUUGAUCCAGCCCAAUUCCGUGGAAUAAGGACUGAUGACUUUGUCAAGCAUCCAGGUGAUCAAUAUUUGAUAGAUGUGCUCCAGCAACGUCAAAAAGGAUCUAACCAUGUACCAGCGAAUGAUGCGUACGGAGAUAUUGACGAAACGUUUAUUGAGCCCCAGGAUUAG